CUCUGAGAAACUCCCACUUUAGGCACAAUAACCUUCUACGAGCAUCCACCGAACAAACUCAACAUGGGUUCCGUCGUAAUUCCUCAUCUCGUCACCGGCUGGCACGUCGACCAGGCCAUCAUGUCCGAAGAAGACCGCCUUGUCGUAAUCCGCUUCGGUCGCGACUGGGAUCCAGACUGCAUGCGCCAGGACGAAGUACUCUACAAAAUUGCCGACCGCGUCAAAAACUUUGCCGUCAUCUACGUCUGCGAUCUCGACCAGGUCCCCGACUUCAAGCAAAUGUACGAACUCUACGACACCGUCACACUCAUGUUCUUCUUCCGGAAUAAGCACAUGAUGUGCGAUUUCGGCACGGGUAACAACAACAAAUUGAACUGGGUACUGGAAGAUAAGCAAGAGUUGAUUGACAUCAUUGAGACGAUCUAUAAGGGAGCGAAGAAGGGUAGGGGUCUGGUGGUCAGCCCCAAGGACUACUCGACUCGUUACAGGUACUAGUUGAGAUGAGCGGAGGAAUAGGGCAGACUGCAAUGACUGCGGCGUAAGCGGAGCGCGCAGAACCACCACUACGAGACAACGACCUGCGCGACAGCAUUCUGCGCUACUGGAUAAUUCCAUUGUGGCACAUGGAGUUUUGCGCGGAGCAGCCGGCUUACAGAAUCAGUCGCGUAUGCACCGGGAAGAAAGGAUGACUCAGACUUAACUUGCAGUAGGGCAUUGGUACUGGGCGCGUCUGGAACGACACUCACGAGAGACGAAGGAAUUGAGUUGCGAGUAUCACGAAGUCAAAUGGUUGGUCUUCCACAAGCUUAAUGCUGUUUAUGAUCGGU